GUUCGCACCCAGAACAUGGUUGCCCGCUCUCUACCGCUGCUUAUCGACGGCAUCGAAACCGAGAUUGACCGACGCUUCCUCGAUCAUUUCGUCUAUGGCUUUAGUCGCGUCUUGACCCUGAUCAACGAUGACUCCAACCCGUUCAAGGAGAUCUUGCUCCCGAUGGCCACUCAGCACCGAGGUUUAAUGCACUCGCUCAUGUGCCUCUCGGGAUCGCACCUAUCAGGUCUCCAUCAUGAUCCGAUGUUGGAGGAGCGAAAGUUCUAUCACUACCACCGUGCUAUCAGGGAUCUCAAGGAUAAUAUCACAGCGUCUUCGGGUACUGCUGAGCAAGACCCUGAGCUUCUUAUCGAAGAUCCCAUAAUCGCAUCCACGAUAGCUCUCAGCUUGAACACCAUCUGUGAAGGAGAGACCAAAGGAGAAUACCGACCCCACAUGGAUGCGGCCCGGUACUUGCUGUCGACGCAGCAGCCGAGGAAUGAGAAGUUCCGGCAGUUUAUUGUCGAGUUCUUCCAGUACCAUGAUGUCUCCAACUCUAUCACUUCUCUGGAUCGCCGCCCCGCCCAUCUGCAGGGCGGCUUACGGCUGCCUGACUUUGUGCCACACGCGCAGGCAGGGAUGUUCCUUGGAGUGUUUGAUGGUCUGUUCAAUUAUAUCUCCGAGGUAACUCGGAUUCGAGACCGGAUUCGACAGCGGUCCAAUGAAGGCUACGAGCCUGCGGUUGACUACCAGAUUCUUGGCGACGCCGUCUCCAUCGACUCCGCCAUCCGGGCUUGGGAGACCUCGUAUACGCCCAACACGCCGAAUUACUACCUGGCGCAACUAUAUCGCCAGUCCACCUGGGUCUACCUGUACCGCACCAUCCGCCCGUCCCGACCAAGUGAGAAAAUUGCGCAGGUUGUGGACGACGGACUUUCUUUUCUGGACCAGCUACCUCAGGAUGCAGGUGCCUACAGUAUUGUGCUGAUGCCACUGUUCCUCCUGGGCUGUUCUGCCUUCGUGCCCCGCCAGCGGGAGAGGAUCAAGAAGGGUUUUGAGACCCUCAAGGGCUACUCCAAUCUCCGCAACAUCGAGCCCGCCUUCAAGGUGGUGGAGCGAGUGUGGGAAGUAAUGGACACGAAAAUGGAAGAAAGUUGGGACUGGGAGAAGAUCAUCAGCGACAUGAAUAUGGAUUUCUUGAUUACCUAGGCUAUUGGCCGCUUCGAUUUGCAGCUUGCAUAUUUUCUUCUUUUCGGUUCGGUCCGGUUGCAUGGUCCGUCAUUCUUACUGGUGACGAUCUUUUCGUUGUUCGAUGUAUGUAUUUCUUUCUUCUUUUUCUUUUUUCUUCCUUUUGUCUUCUUUCUUCUUUACCAUUCUUUUCUUUUUCUGGUCUACCGAAUGGCGAAUGGGCAACAGGACCCAAGGGGAUCAGCCCCAAAGCGAGACGGACGGACAUGGCGUCAGCGGGCAUGGAUAGGGGCACAGUUCCGUAUACCAACAUACCAAAAGGGACACUGGCCGGUGGGAAUGGUUUUGAGAUGUAUUUAUAUAUAUAUGACGGAGUAUGCGUCUGAUGAGUCGUGAUGAUAUUUCUUCUUUUUCAUUCUUGUGAUACAUGUAUAAGAUUACUGCAUUGUAUAUACAGAUAGUUAAGAUUAUUAUCUUUAUCAAUCCUUA